AUGUUAAAAAAUACGGUUAGCCUUAUCACUGGUGCAAGCAGCGGAAUUGGCCGUUCCGUGGCACAUUUAUUUGCUUCUGAACAAAGUCAAGUGUGUGCAGUCGAUAUAAACAACAAUGGACUUGAUUCUCAUCAUUAUACAUUUGUUACCGAUAUUUGUAAACGGGAUAAUGUUAUCAAACUAGCUGAUGAUAUAUUUGAAAAAUUAAAAAGACAUCCAACUAUUAUUGUAAAUGCGGCUGGUAUCACACGUGAUUCAUUAUUCCAUAAAAUGAAAGAACAAGAUUUUGAUGAUGUUAUUAAUGUCAAUUUGAAAGGAACAUUUUUAAUAAAUCAAAUAUUUUGUCAAAAAUUACUUGAACAACAACAAUUUCAACAGACGAUAAUGGAUGUUAGCAUUAUUAAUAUCGCCAGUAUAGUGGGAAAGCACGGAAAUAUUGGACAAUGUAAUUAUUCCGCUUCUAAAGCAGGCGUGGAAGCAAUGACAAAAUCAAUGGCAAAAGAAAUUUCUAAGUUUGGUAUACGAUGUAAUACGAUAUUGCCAGGUUUUAUCCAAACACCAAUGACAGAUAAAAUACCGGAAAAAAUUAGAGAACGAGUAAAAACGACUAUUGGAAUGCAAAGAUUUGGACAACCAGAAGAAAUAGCCAGUGUCUGUUUAUUUCUUGCUUCCAAAGCAAGUAGUUAUGUAAAUGGAGCAAGUAUUGAAGUUACUGGUGGUCUCUGA